AUCUCUCCACUCUCCACUGUAAAAGAUGGCUUCUACUGGUCUCCAGAUCCUUGGCAUGGCAAUGUCCAUCAUUGGCUGGGUGGGAAGUAUAAUCUCGUGUGCCUUGCCCAUGUGGAGGGUGACUGCCUUCAUUGGGAACAACAUAGUGGUGGCACAGAUCAUCUGGGAAGGCCUGUGGAUGAAUUGUAUUGUGCAGAGUACUGGGCAGAUGCAGUGCAAGGUCUAUGACUCCAUGUUGGCUCUUGCUCAGGACUUGCAGGCUGCCCGUGCCCUUACUGUCAUCUGUAUCCUGGUAGCCCUGCUAGCCAUGUUCAUUGGUAUUGUGGGAGCUAAGUGCACCAACUGCAUAGAAGAUGAGAACACCAAGGCAAAAGUCAGCAUGGUAUCCGGCAUUGUCUUCCUGGUGGCCGGUAUCCUUAUGCUCAUCCCUGUCUGCUGGUCUGCAAACAGCAUCAUCCGUGACUUCUACAAUCCCCUGGUGGUGGAGGCUCAGAAGAGAGAACUGGGGGCUGCCCUGUACAUAGGGUGGGCUUCCUCUGCCUUAUUACUCCUGGGUGGAGGCCUCCUGUGCUGUUCUUGCCCCAAGAAGAAUGAUGCUCCCUACCCAGCCAGAUACACUGCCCCUUCAUGCCCACCACGGAGUGACUACACCAGCAAGAACUAUGUCUGAGGGCAUAACUGGCUGGCUUGGACAAUUGUUUUUGACUUUUUAUAUAUACAGUAUGGGACAUAUUUAUCAGUUCCUCCAGCAAAUGUGUCUGAACUGCAUAUAUUGUGUGUUUGGAGGGGUGAAUUUGUGGAUUGUCUGUUUUUGGACUUUUAGCUGCCUUCAGACAUUUUUAUAUAAUUUUGUAACACUUAAAAUAAAACUUUCUAUCCCA